GUCGAGUGGCUUGCUGGGCCUGCGGGGCGGGUGUUUGAGGGUCGCGGCGUUAGGGGGAAGGCGGGCUUGGGGAAUGGGGCUAUGGUGCAGGAGGUUGCGUAGAGAUUGACACGGGGUGUUAAUGGGAUAAAAUGGGAGGAGAGAAUUGGUUGAGGAGGCUGGGUUGGUUGGUCAUUUGGUCUUAUUCUGGUACGGCUUUUUUUUUUUUUUUGGGUGUGGGUUUGGGCUUGGUUCGAGGGCUUAUUAAAGGCUUGGUGAGAGUGCUGCGGUACUCGCUCGCUCGCUCCUCCUUCCCGUUGCCUGCAUAGAGAGGCGCAUUCUUCGGGGUACGGCAAAGGAAACUCUGAGGGAAGUUCUUGU